CUUCAUGUCCUCCUUUGGAUAUUUUUAUAUGAGCUUUUAGUGCGGUAUCGUACGUGGGAUCGUUAGUGUCGCGAACGAUUCCUCAACUUUUUUUGUUUUCAAUUAUUUUAUUUUAUUUAUUUUUUUUCUUUUUGUUUCUUCUUGUUCUGAUGCUUUCGUAUAAUACGCGUGGAAGUGCGAAUGAUGGUGGAUGUUCGAGGUGGUCGAUUGAAUACUUAUCAUCCAUCGAACUUAGAAGGCGUUCCUUCCCCUAUCCAUCAUAAAUAUAGAUAGGAUAGACUAGCCGAGAAAUAGAAUAAGAGAAAUAGAGGGGGAAACGUGGUGGAUUAUCCGUGGUAGUCGGCCCGAUCGAACCUAGAAAGGCGGUUGUUCUAAGGUUUCCACGCCGACUGUAGGAAGCCAGCCCGUGGACUGGCUCUCGAACCCGCCAGAGUGAGAAUCGUGACUCGUGGAUCGUUAAAAGAUCAAAAAAAUCGACUUGUGCCACUCCUACCCCAUUAAUCUGGCCCCCUUCUACCCCGGAUGGAUCGGAACGAGAGCGCAAACGAGGGUGGAAGCUCGCCGGACACGGUAAUCGCGCGCUCCUCAUCCGAAGAGGAACGGAAUAGACUCGCGUGCAGCACUUCCGGCGAGUACGUGACUGUAGGCGACAGCAGUUCCAGCCUGGAUACGGUGACAAGCGUUGGCACGACCACUAUCUCGACCACCACCGACGCGACCGGCACAGAGGACAAGAAGAGGGGCAGAUUCGGCGCGUUGAAGAGCAGCUUCCGCAAAGAGGGUGGAUUGUUCAAGAUUAAGAAGAAGAGUAGGCAGCUGGACGAGCCGGCUGCCGAGCCUCAGCCGGAUGUCGAGGAAAAAGAGACGGAUCGCAAGCAGAGCCCGGUGGAGGAGGAGGAUGAUUGCAAGAAUGGUGGCUCGACGACGACCUUGAAGAAGAAAAAGAAGAAGUCGAACUCGUUGGUACGCAAAUUAAGCCUGAACAAAUUUCGCCUGUCCACCGAGCAAGAGCCUAGGCACACGCCCGAAGGUGGUGAUAACAGCCGUCUACAGAGCCAAUCGUCGCAGGAAUCGCCUAGUUUCUCGGACAGUUCGUCCGGGAUCGCGAGGAAAAGGCAGGAGGUCGAGAGGCUCGGCUAUCGCGACGGCUACGAGGCCGUAGAACCCUCGUACGACGUGGAUAGAGAGAAGGGAGAGCCGAGGAAACCGGAGAAGCAAGAGAAACUGGUGAGCAGCGUGACCGUAGUACAGAGCAAGUCGCCGUCGUUUACCAUCAGGAGCUUCAAUUUGACGAGUGAGCACGAUUCCGAGCAGAAGUCACCUCGACCGGAAGCGCGGUGCAGCUCAACGCUUCCGUACGCAAUUUCAAAAUGGUCGGAGCAAAAGGCGAGACCAACCUCGAACGAGCCGACUAAGAAACCCAAAUUGUACACGAAAUCCGAAUCAGAGUCAAGUAUAUCUAAAUCCUCGGUCCGCGAAGUUAGGCGGAAGUUAUCGUUAUUGGAAGAGAAACGCGCAAUUUUUCAACGUCGUUUGUUCGAGACUUCUCAGGACACGGAUUCCGGCGAGACGGUGAUCGCUAUUAGUAUCGACGACGAAAACAAAACAUCGGCCAAAGAGGAGGAAAACCGCGUGGAACAGAACAAAACAAAAAAGAAGGCCAGGCAUAUUAGCGUGAAGAAGUUCGACACCUUUUCCACGUUUGAGGGGACGUUCGACGAGGAGACAGGGAUUGGUUAUCUGGCUGGUAUCGAGGAGGAUUACACGGAGAGUUACGAGAGGCAGCGCGAGAAUUACGUGGCCAGUAUGGGGCCUAUGAUGGCCGACAGCACGAUGGAGAAGAGCAAGGUCAACCAGGAGAGCAUGUCGUCACAGAAUAAUUCGCCGAAUGCCGGAUUAGGCGAGAAACGAGAACAUUUGUAUAAAAUCCUGGUAAUCGGCGAGUUGGGCGCCGGAAAGACGUCCAUCAUCAAGAGAUACGUCCAUCAAUUCUUUUCCCAACAUUAUCGCGCGACAAUUGGCGUCGACUUCGCAUUGAAAGUAUUGAACUGGGAUCCUCACACUAUCAUAAGGUUACAGUUAUGGGAUAUUGCAGGUCAAGAGAGAUUCGGAAACAUGACGAGAGUAUAUUACAAAGAAGCAGUUGGCGCGUUCAUAGUGUUCGAUGUAACGAGAAGCGCGACUUUGGAUGCGGUGGUGAAAUGGAAACAAGAUUUAGACUCGAAAGUUCAACUUCCUGACGGUUCACCGAUCCCCUGCGUCCUUUUAGCGAACAAAUGUGACCAGCAGAAAGAGGGCCUGGUGAAUUCGCCCGCGAAAAUGGACGAAUAUUGUAAAGAGAAGAAUUUUGCCGGAUGGUUUGAAACUUCAGCCAAGGAGAACAUUAACAUUGAAGAGGCUGCACGAUUUCUUGUUAACAAAAUUCUCCAAAACGAUCAACUGAUGAAAGGAAACGGUUCACAAGAUCAGACAGAUGGUGAACGUUUUGCAUUAAAUCAAUCGCCGAAUAGUUCAAAGAAAUCUUGUUCUUGCUGACGAAUCGGUAACUUACCGAUAGCAGAAUCAUCGGAUCCGUUAUCGUUGUCCUGCCAUCACCAUAUAGCCAUCGGUGCCAUGACACGAAAAUACCAUUUCGAUUGCUCCAUGUCAAUCGUCAUCGUUGUCGUUGGAUUUCAUUUCGAUCAUGUAAUCAACGUCCCAUUCGUGAAACAUACCUUAAUGGCGAAUAUUUCAUCGACCAUGGUCAUUUUUCAUGGGAUGUCGACGAUUCUUCAUCAUUGGAUGAAAACUAACGAUAAAUCGUGUGUAGUUCUUCCACUUGAUCUUUGUACAUAUAUACAAGCAUUUGUUGCGGGAUAAGUAACAUAACAUUGGUGGAAGUGAAGCUUGGAAUGCUGAGGAAUAGUGUAUUUAGCAGUUUGAAUUAUUAAUUUUGAAUUUUGUUAUAUUUGAGUUAUUGUUGAGUUUGUAAUUAUUAAUUUUAAAUUUUAUUUGAAUAAGAAUGAUUGUACAGAAUGUUACAGUAAUUUUGAUUCAAUCUGGAAAGGUGUGAUUCUAUAUGCGCAAAAAUAUGUGGAAAAUGUAGAAUAUAAUUUUUUAUUAAAGAUCUCUUUUGAAAGAAAAUUUAUUUUGGAAAUUUAUGUACAUGUGAAUUUAGCUAAAUCCAAAUUGAUUAUUGAUAGGAGGUUAUUCUAAUAUAUAAAAAUAAUUUAUAUAAAAUAUAUAAAAAUAAUAUAUAAAAAUAAUUAACGUAAAAAUAUUUUUUUUCAUUUCAAAUAUUUUCAAGA